AUGAUGCGCGCUCGUGAGUGCGAGAUCGCAGUGGUGACGUCUUCGAAGCACUUCUUCGUACCUAGCACGCCCGAAGAUAUUGCUGCGUACAGGGUCAGCGAUGACCGACGAUUGGAAGGUCUUCUCGAAGAUGUAAUCGAUGUUGCGAAAGAUAUGGGCUUCUCUCAGACCACUACUAAAGGCAUCACAGACGGAUUGACUACAUGCGUUGAUCAUCAGCAUCUGUGGGUGAACGCGACAUAUGAACAGCUCGCUACCGUUGUGUUGUACCUGAGCGCCGUACGGGCCGGCAUCGAACAGCCUGGUAUAUUGAACCAGCUGUCAAUGUGCUUCGGUGCGUCGAUGAAAGGUAUCAAGCAGUUACUUCCAGCAGUAUUGAAACUGCUCAUCAAUACCAGCGCAAGUUUCGCCAUUGCUGACUUCAUGCAAACAUUCGCAAAGACAUAUCCUGCCUAUCAAAAGCACUCAAAAGAUCUUGCUCGGCUACAGUUGAAGCUAUGGCGUCUGGUACUAGACCGCUGCCUUUUCCCGUUUGAGGUUAUCACGACGAACUGGCGACACGUCGUGACAUCGUGCAUCUAUGCAGUGACUACAGUGAACGACGUCUUCCUGGAUACUGAAGAGAUUAGCGCAGCGGUAGGUGCGAGUAGCCCUAGCAUUGGUGGCGAGGACAUGAAUACAUACCUGCUCUCCGCUAUUGUGGACAACAAAGCCUACCAAAUGAAGACUACGACUACCAAAGCACGGCGCCAACGUAAGCUCGAAGCCCGCUCAGGGAGACGGUUCGCACUUGAUGUCGUUGCCGCCUAUCUCACACCAGACUCGGUCAUCGGUUUAGAUCGGAGCUUUGAGACGAUCUCAAUCAAUGAGUCUAGGAGAUGGCUCGAUAACAGCUCGCCCGGCUUUUGCAAGUUUAGCAUCCUCCUCUAG